GUGGCCCUGCAGAUCGAGGUCCUCGAGGUGCUGCGCACCCUGAGCUCCCUCCCCGGCCACCGGGGCAUCGACAUAGGCGGAACGCUCUCGAAGACAAUCCUGGGCGUGCCCCGGGAAGCUCUGCAGAACUUGGAGUUUAAGGCGUCCUUCGGGAAGAGUGGCAGACUACACAGGGACCUGGCGUUCAGCCUGGACUUGAAUGGAACUCCAUUCGAGUUUGUAUUUUUCUCUGGGACGACUUCGAAACUGGAGGAGGCCAUCACUUUCGUGAGCGAGAUGAGGGCCAUGCGCGGCCAGGCUGACACGAGGUCUUCGGAUGCCGCGCCCACGGAUCAGGAGAGGCACCGGCGUUCGCGUCAGAUUGCCCAGGCCGCAGAGGCCAGGGAGGAUUUGAGGUCUUCUAUUAUUCAGUGCCUCAUUGAGUCGGACUUCGGCCAGACCGUUGUUGGAAAGCAGCCGUCACGAUUGGGCCGCGUGCACGUCUCUGGCGGCGGCGCGUGUAAGUAUCCGCCCUUGUUCUUGAACGCCAUGGGCUUGAGCAUCGAGCCCGUCAAGGAGCUGCGGGCCAUGGUGGAGGGCCUGCUAUUCCUGCAGGAGACUUCCGCAGGCUCGAGGCGAAAUGACGAUCCACAGGGCGAUCUCUACACCGUCGACCAGGACGGUCGCAGCGUCGAAUUGCCCUGGCCCGACCCCUUGUUCCCGCUCAUCCUGGUGAGCUUCGGCACGGGCGUCUCGAUACUUCGGGUCGAUUCCGCGGAGCCCAACGACUUCGUGCGAGUUGGCGGCACGGCUUGCGGCGGCGGUACGUUCUUGGGUCUCGCGAGGGCCUUGACGUCUGCGGAGACAUUCGGAGAGGCGCUCGACCUGGCGGAGGGAGGCGACGCCUCGCACGCCGACAAGCUCGUGCAGGACAUCUACGGUGCCGAGGGCUCCAAGUCCCUGGGCCUCCCGGGGGGCCUCACGGCCUGCAACUUCGGGAAGCUGUGCGACCUGCCCAAGGCCGCGGUGGGCUCCAGCGCUCGGGCGCCACAGUGCGCCUGCUCAGAGAAGGACCUCCCCGCUCCUUCGCCCGCGCCGCGCUGCAGAUGGUCACGCAGCAGUCCAUCCUGCUGGCCUCCGCGUUCGCGAGGCAGUUCGGGUGCGCGCGGCGAGCGUUCUUCGUCGGCGGCUACGUGGACGCCCCCAACCGGCUGGCGCGGGCCGUGAUCGCAAGCAAUUUCCGGAACCUCGACGGGUGCGCCUAUUUCGUGCGCCACUCUGACUUCCUGGGCGCUCUGGGCUGCAUCAGGAUCUCCAUGGCCGCCUCGCAGCAGGAGCCGGAGGGCCCGCCGUGAGGCCCAUAUGCGGGGCAUCUCUCCCGAACGGCGCCGGCGCGGCCCCGCGGUGCCCCCAGCGCGGCUGGUCUUGGCGAGGCCCAUUGCCGACGGCCCCCAGGAGGGCCUCCUGCGCCGGCUGCGCGCAAGGGUGAGCCCUCGCUGGAGCGGCCUCUUCUGUGCGGCUUGCGGGGUCGGGGGUGGGGCUCAGAGGAGGAAAAGGUACCCCUGCCGCUGCCCUGGCCUCGAUGCCUCCCUGUGGGGCCUCUUGGGAG